UGUAGCGGGGCCGGCUUCAGCGUCGCCGCCAUCUUUGUUGAUGUGUCAGCUCCGCGGGGGUUUUGGGGAAGCCGCGGCGGAGAGAGCUCGGUGUCGGCCCUGUACCCCACCACUGUCUCCCGCACCUCCUGUUCUGUCGCACCCCGCUAUGGAGAAGUUAGUCCCUGAGCCGGAGAUCCAGCGGCCUCGCUAGGGGUGCGGCCUGAAGCUCGGAGAAGUGGGAUGUAAAACGAAGAUCGGAACAGAUUUGAAGAAAUGCAGAGUGAAUUGGUACCAGUCAGCAUGUCAGAGACAGAGUACAUAGCCGCCAUUUCCUCUGAUAAAAAUGUUGGGAAAACAUCUGAAUUAAAGGAAGAUUCAUGCAACUCAUUUUCUGGUGAUGAAAACAGCAACUUAGAAAACGAGACCAAACUGUUGUCAUUAAACUUGGAUAAAACUUUAUGUAAGCCUAAUGAACACAAUAAUCAAACUGAAGCACAGGAAAAUUAUAUUGCAGAUCAUGGUGGAGGUGAGGAUUCUUGUGCUCAAACAGACAUAUGCCCAGAAAAUUCAGAACAAACAGCUAAUUUUCCUGGUGGUGAUUUUACAGAACAAAUUUCAAAAACAAAUGAAACAAGACAGACAGUAACUCAAAUAUUGGAGGAAUUAAGGUCAUCUACAUUCACGGAAGCGACUAGUCAAAAAACUUAUUCAGAGAGUCCCUACGACACAGACUGCACCAAGAAACUUAUUUCAAACAUAAAGACUGUUUCAGCAUCAGAGGAUUUGUUGGAAGAAAUAGAAUCUGAGCUCUUAUCUACGAAUUUUGCACAACACCAAGUACCAAAUGGAAUGAAUAAGGGAGAACAUGCAUUAAUUAUGUUUGAAAAGUGUGUGCAAGAUAAGUAUUUGCAGCAGGAACACACCAUAAAGAAGUAA